AUGAAAGACGACAACGACCCCAUCGCCGUCUGCACCGACCUCCUCCGUUCUCUCUCCUCGGAAAUCCCGCUCAUCCAGAUUUUCAAGGGCAAAUGGGCCUUAAUCCAGUCCAAGCUCACCGACCUCCAGGCCCAGCUCACCGACUUCUCCGACUUCCCCACCGCCAAAACCAACUCUCUCUCCCUCGACCUCCUCCACUCCGUCGCCUACACCCUCCGCGACGCCGUCACCCUCGCCCGCCGCUGCCAUGCCGCGAAUUCGUCGGAGGGGAAGCUCCGGACUCAGAGCGACGUCGAUUCCGUCCUCGCCAAGCUCGAUCUCCACCUCCGCGACGGCGAGAUUCUCUUCAAGAGCGGCGUCCUCCACGACACCGCCGGCUUCAGCUCCUCCUCGAAGCGCGAGACCGUACGCGCCGAGUGCCGGAACCUCGUCACGCGCCUCCAAAUCGGCGGCGCCGAGUCGCGUGGCUCCGCCAUGGAGGCGCUGCUGGCGCUUCUCCAGGAGGACGACAAGAAUGUCAUGAUCGCCGUCGCGCAGGGGAUCGUUCCGGUGCUGGUGAAGCUUCUCGAUUCGAGCGGUUACGAGAUGAAGGAGAACGCCGUGGCGGCGGUUUCGAUGGUGGCGAUGGUGGAGAGCAGCAGGAAUGUUCUGGCUGCCGAGGGGCUGCUGCUGCUGAAUCACUUGCUGAGGGUUCUGGACUCCGGGAGUGGCUUCGCCAAGGAGAAGGCCUGCGUGGCGCUUCAAGCUUUGAGCUUUUCCAAGGACAAUGCCAGAGCUAUUUCCAGAGGCGGCGUUUCAUUGCUCCUGGAUAUCUGCCAGGACGGCACGCCGGGAUCGCAAGCCUCGGCGGCCGGUGUGCUGAGGAAUUUGGCUGCUUUUGCUGAGAAUAAGGAGAAUUUUAUUGAGGAGAAUGGAGUUGGAGUUCUGUUGGGGCUGGCGAGUUCCGGGACGGCUUUAGCGCAGGAGAAUGCGAUUGGAUGUUUGAGUCAUUUGGUAUCCGAUAGCGAAAGCCAGAAGGUUUUGGUAUUUAGGGAGGGCGGGAUUACAUGCUUGAAGAAUUUCUUGGACUCCGGGUGUGGUAAUAAUCGAAGUCUUGAGGCUGCGGUGGAGUUGCUGACGCACCUGGCUUCUUGCUCUCUAAUUGCGGAAGCUAUUGUGGCGGAGGGGUUUGUGACUAAGAUUGUUGAGGUGAUGAAUUGUGGUGUGUUGGGGGUGAGGAUUCAGGCGGCUAAGGCGGUUUACGAGCUGGGGUUCUGCUCGAGAACUAGGAAGGAGAUGGGGGAACGUGGCUGCAUUCCGCCUCUGGUGAAGAUGUUGGAUGGCAAAGCAGUGGAAGAGAAGGAAGCCGCUGCGAAGGCCUUGUCGGCAUUGUUGCUUUAUGCUGACAAUAGGAAGAUUUUUAGGAAAACUGAAGGGGCGAUUUUGAGUACAGUUCAGCUCUUAAACCCUUCUUUGAAGAAGUUGGAUAAGAAGUACCCUGUUGCUGUGUUAGCGGCACUUGUGCAUUCGAAGAAGUGCAAGAAGCAAAUGGUGGCUGCCGGUGCAUGUGUACAUUUGCAGAAACUGCUUGAUUUGGAAGUAGAGGGGUCUCAAAAGCUCUUGGAAAGCCUUUGUCGUAGUAAAAUUUGGGGUGUUUUUACCAGAUCUUAACAAUCGAAGACAACGUCCAAGUGACGCAUACCAAGUAUAGGUACACAUGAAGAUGAUUCAUUGAUCUGUCUGUACAAUAGUUGUGAUUACUGUUGAUUUUGGUUUUUGAUUUUCUCCCUUGUUUAUAAUUUGUGCUUAUUUAUGUCUAGGAAUUACAUUUUGUUAGUUUAGUUGUAUGAUGUAUCUAGGUUUGGUGACCUAACUGGAUAGGCAUUCUAAGUUUUCUGAACCAAAAGUCAAUAAUUGAUAUUGCUGCCUAAUUUAUGGGUUCAUGCUUCAAACUGCUCUUGUACACAUUUGGAAUUUGAGUUAGGUGUUCAAAUUCCAUUUCUUUGUAGACUUUCACUGCAAUGGUUAGUUCUUCAUUGUUGAUCAAACCUUUAUCUUUGUAUGAGUUUUGCUUAUCUCGGCAAAUCCAGUAUAUGAAUACCUAUUGUGUCCAAUUUCUGAGUUUUGUUCAAGCACAAAACCAUGAGAUUGUAUUAUUUGGUAGUUAGGACUUGGAGGUUCUUCUCAAUAAUACAGAACAAAGGUGGGCCAGAAGCAUGUGCUUGAUUAUUUG